AAUAAGGCAAUAACUUUUGUCUGCACGAUUGGUAGUGAAUGGGUACCGAACAUCUCUUGUUUCCCACUCUUCCCUUCUAUACUGCACUCUCUUCGCUCUUGGAAUUGGUUGAGGGGGAGAAUGCACUGCGGUAGGGAGGUGAUGAAGUUGCUGCUGUUGAGGAAGGAGGUGCGGAGCCUUCUCAAGCGCAAGAACGGCGACGCUGGCGACGGAGGUACAUUUUUCGAGGACCUACAGGCCACCAUUUUCAGCGAGCUACGCUCGUCGGAAGGCGCGAGGCGCAUGCAGCAACGCCUCUGUGGCCCGACCGUUGCUUUGUCCUUCAAUUUCUUGGUCUCGGUUGGUAUCAUCAUGCUGAACAAAUUGGUACUAGGGAAAGUUGGGUUCAAUUAUCCCAUCUUUCUUACCUUUCUCCAUUACUUGUUGAGCUGGGUAUUGAUGGCCAUCUUGAAUGCAGUCUUCCUACUUCCUGCGGCACCUCCGGCCAAGUCAACCCUCUUUUCUUCUCUAUUAGCUCUUGGUGUUGUGAUGUCUCUUUCUAGUGGCCUAGCAAAUGUCAGCCUCAAAUAUAACAGUGUGGGUUUCUAUCAGAUGGCUAAGAUUGCUGUAACGCCAACAAUUGUUCUCUCCGAGUUUAUGUUUUUGAAAAAGACUGUUUCUUUCCAAAAGGCACUAGCAUUGUCUAUUGUCUCAAUUGGUGUUGCUGUCGCAACUGUUACAGACCUCGAGUUCCAGUUCUUUGGAGCGUGUAUAGCAUUAGCAUGGAUAGUACCCAGCGCGAUUAAUAAGAUUUUAUGGUCCAACUUACAACAGCAGGAUAACUGGACAGCUUUAGCUUUAAUGUGGAAGACAACACCGAUCACACUCUUCUUUUUGGUCCCUCUGAUGCCUUGGCUAGAUCCACCCGGCAUUCUAUCUUUUAGUUGGAAUUUCUAUAAUUCGUCAGCUAUUUUUUUGUCAGCUUUCCUCGGUUUUCUGCUUCAACUAUCUGGCGCUCUGGCCCUUGGGGCGACUUCUGCGACUUCUCAUGUCGUUCUAGGGCAGUUCAAAACAUGUGUUAUCCUUCUUGGAGGGUUCCUUCUCUUCCGUUCAAAUCCUGGGGCGUUAAGCAUAUGUGGGGCUAUCACAGCUCUUGCAGGGAUGUCCUUGUACACAUACCUCAGCAUGCUCGUCUCCGAACAGAAAACAACUAAUGCAGCUCUUCGGCAGUCUUUGUCGUUCUCGUUAUCAAGAUCCAAGCUCUGUAAAGAUGCUAGUGAUCUCCAGAAUGGAGGUGCUACCGGUGAAUCAGUUUGAAGGCAUUCAAAUAUAUGCUAUGUAUCACGGACGUGACUGCAAGGCUCGCGUGUCCGUGCUAGAUACAUGUGUGUCUGUAUUAUAUUUGUGUCCGAUGCGGACACGUAAUGGAUACACAUUUAUACUGCUUCCCAUUAAAAGAUAUACAUAUUUUUUCAUUUUACUUUUUUUCA